AUGAGUGGCAAACUAAAGCGCAAAGGUAUCGAUAAUACCAAAGAUGACGACCUCAUCAUCGAAUCCCCAUUCGUGGAUCCAAACGAUCCCAUGGCCGCCUUUCUACCAAAAUCCUUUGGAAAGCAGGCGAUCGCUAAAUCCGCGCCACAGCACGAUAAAACGAAGCGAGUUGAUAAAGUUGCUUCUCCGCCAAAAUCGCUACCCCGGGAGGAUAACGAGGACAACAAUAGACCGUCAAGCAAAGUAUACGAUGAUGACUCCGAUGACGAUGACGAUUCAGACGACUCCGAUGAAGAAGAAGAGUACCCGACAAGCCACGAACUCAUCAUAAAAGAUCAUACAAAGACCGUUACUUCAGUUUCCCUGGAUCCAUCCGGCAUGAGGAUGAUAACCUCGUCUCACGACUCGAUCCUAAAAUUCUACGAUUUCACAGGAAUGGCCUCGAACCAUUUACAUUCCUUCAAAUCCAUUGAGCCUCGUGAGGGUCAUUUAUUACAUCACUCCGAAUUCAGUAUCACCGGUGAAAAUGUCUUGGUUAUACCAGCAUGUGCUCAGGCAAAGGUGUUCGAUAGAGACGGAUAUGAAGUUGUCGAGUUCGUGAAGGGAGACCAGUAUCUUAGGGAUAUGAAUAAUACGAAAGGUCACGUUUCUGAGGUUCUUAGUGGGACAUGGCAUCCAACCGAUAGAAACCUAUUGGUGACAUGCAGCUCAGAUUCAACGGUUAGGAUAUGGGAUGUUAACCAAAAGAGGCAACAGAAAGAGGUUAUUGUUGUUAAGUCUAGAACAGCAAAAGGUGGGAGGACAAGGGUUAUGUGUGUGAAAUGGGAUGAUCCGACUCAAGGUGGGAAGAAGUUGUUGGCGGCUGGAAGCCAAGAUGGCGGAUUGACGUUGUGGGGAGGAGAUGGGCCAUUUAAUAGGCCUAUGGCGGCUGUGGAGGGGGCACAUGAGAAGGAGGUAGGCGUCUCCGGGGUAGCAUUCUCACAGGAUGGGAAUUUGAUGAUUAGUAGAGGCUUGGAUGGGACUGUGAAGUCAUGGGACACCCGUAAAUUCAAAAAGCCAAUCAUGACGAGGACCGACCUCCCCAGCAAUUCUCAAAACACCACAAUCACCUUCUCCCCGGACUCUUCAACUGUUUUGACCUCCGACUCCCUCGGAAAUCUCCAUUUCCUCUCCCCAGCGACCCUUCGCUCCGAAAAGACACUCCAAGUAACACCUGAAGUACCCUUAAUAGCUUCCCUCUGGCACCCCCGUCUCAAUCAAAUCUUUACAACCUCCACCGACUCCACCGUCAAAAUCCUCUACUCUCCAACAACCUCUAUCCGCGGAGCACUGACAAUCCUUUCUAAUCCCCUCAAAAAGCGCCACAUCGAUGAUGACCCUUCACUAACAACCGACAUCGCCACGGGAAUGAAUGCCGACGCCAUAUACCUUCCCAACGCCGUCCUACCCUCAAAAACUAAGUCUUUGGCACAGGCAAACGCAAUAGCUAAUGCCUAUAAGCCGUUUAAGCCGCAUACUACGCCAUUUGCAAAGAGUACACCGGAUGAAGAGCAUAUCAGGAAGAAUGUCGCUUUGAGUGGCAUGAGAGACGAGGAUCCAAGAGAGGCUUUGCUGAGGUACGCGGAGAAGGCGAAGAAUGAUCCGAUGUUUACAGGGGCAUGGAGGGAGACUCAACCGGUUACUAUUUAUAGUAAUGAGCGGGAGGAGGAAGAAGAAGAGGAGGAGGAGAGAAGUAAACGACAGAAGAGGUAUUAA